AGAGCGUCGGGCGUCGGCCGAGCGAUGGGCUUCGAGCUGGACCGCUUCAGCGGGGAGGUGGACCCUGACCUGAAGUGCAACCUGUGCAACAAAGUGCUGGAGGACCCUCUGACCACCCCUUGCGGCCACGUGUUCUGCGCCGGCUGCGUGCUGCCGUGGGUGGUGCAGCAAGGCAGCUGCCCGGUGAAGUGCCGCCGCAUGUCGGCCAAGGAGCUCAACCACGUCCUGCCCUUGAAGAGCCUCAUCCUCAAGCUGGACAUCAAGUGCGCCAACCGGGCGCGCGGCUGCGGCGCCGUGGUCAAGCUGCAGCACCUGGCCGAGCACGCCGACGCGUGCGGCUACUCAGCGGCCCGCUGCCGCCACCGGGGCUGCGCCGAGGUGCUCAACGCGCGCGACGUGGAGGCGCACAUGCGCGAGGCCUGCGCGGCCCGGCCGGCGGGCUCCUGCGAGCGCGGAUGCGGCUUGGCGCUCACGCACGGCGAGCGCCAGGCCGGCUCGCACUGCUGCCUGCAGGCGCUCAAGGCGCACGGCGCCGCUCUGCAAGCGCAGCUGGCCGGCCUGGAGAAGGAGCUCAAGAAAGAGGCGCUGCGGGCCGGCAAGCGGGAAAAGUCGCUCCUGGCGCAGCUCUCGGCAGCCCAGCUCGAGCUCCAGGUGACGGCGUUGCGCUACCAGAAGAAGUUCACCGAGUACAGCGCCCGGCUCGACUCCCUCAGCCGCAGCCUCGCCGCCUCGACGCCCAACAAGGGUGAAGAGACUAAAGCGCUGACGCUUGUUCUUCAUCGUGAUUCUGGGUCUCUUGGAUUUAAUAUAAUUGGUGGUCGGCCAUGCAUGGACAAUCAAGACGGCUCAUCUAGCGAAGGAAUUUUUGUCUCUAAAAUAGCAGACAGCGGGCCUGCUGCCAAAGAAGGAGGGCUGCAGAUUCACGACAGGAUUAUUGAAGUAAAUGGAAAAGAUUUAUCUAAAGCAACCCAUGACCAAGCAGUAGAAGCCUUCAAAACAGCUAAAGAUCCCAUCGUAGUUCAGGUCCUGAGGAGAGCGCCGCGCAGCAAAAUCUUCAGCCCCUCUCAUGAAUGUCUCCUGGUGGAUAUGGGCACCCAGACUGACAUCACCUUUGAACACAUCAUGGCUCUUACCAAGAUGAGCUCACCUACCCCACCAGUUUCAGUACUGGAUCCAUAUCUCUUACCUGAGGAGCAUUCAUCAGGGCACGAAUACUAUGACCCAAAUGAUUAUAUGGGAGGCAUUCAUCAAGAAAUGGACAGAGAGGAGCUAGAAUUAGAGGAAGUAGAUUUGCAUCGAGUGAACAGCCAGGACAAGUUUGGGCUUACAGUGUGCUACAGAACUGAUGAUGAAGAUGAUUUUGGCAUUUAUAUCAGUGAGAUUGAUCCCAACAGCAUUGCUGCGAAAGAUGGUCGCAUCAGAGAGGGCGAUCGUAUAAUUCAAAUUAAUGGCAUAGAGAUACAGAAUCGCGAGGAAGCUGUGGCACUCCUUACCAGUGAAGAAAGCAAGAACGUUUCCUUGCUCAUAGCAAGGCCAGAAAUUCUCCAGCUGGAUGAAGGAUGGAUGGAUGAUGACAGAAAUGAUUUUCUGGAUGAUUUACACAUGGACAUGCUGGAGGAACAGCACCAUCAGGCAAUGCAGUUUACUGCCAGCAUGCUUCAGCAGAAGAAGAAAAAUGAAGAGGAUGGAGGCACCACAGAUACUGCCACCAUUUUAUCAAACCAACACGAGAAAGACAGUGGCGUAGGGCGAACCGAUGAAAGCACUCGGAAUGACGAAAGCUCGGAGCAGGAGAACAACGCCGAUGAUCACACGACUUCCUCAAACACCCUGGGGAGCCAGAAGAAGCUGACCUACAGCCAUGACACGCUGGGCAGCGGGGACAUGCAGUUCAGCAACGAGUCAUUCAUUUCCGCCGACUGCGCUGACGCCGACUUCCUCGGCAUCCCGGUGGACGAGUGCGAGAGGUUCCGCGAGCUGCUGGAACUGAAGUGCCAGGUGAAGUCCACCAACCCGUACGGCCUGUACUACCACAACAGCACUCUGGAUAUGAGCAAGAGUGACCACGAGAGCGUGGACAGGGAGCUGGAGAUGCUGAACGAGGAGCUGCGCAACAUCGAGCUGGAGUGCCUCAACAUCGUGAGGGCCCACAAGAUGCAGCAGCUGAAAGAGCAGUACCGAGAGCCAUGGAUGCUGCACAACAGCGGCUUCCGCAAUUACAACACAAGCAUUGACGUCCGCCGGCAUGAGCUCUCGGACAUCACCGAACUUCCAGAGAAAUCGGACAAGGACAGCUCCAGCGCUUACAAUACAGGGGAAAGUUGCCGGAGCACGCCUCUCACCCUGGAGAUCUCCCCCAACAACUCUCUGUGCAGGACAGCAGAAGAUCUCAAUUUGCAAGUCAGCGAAGGAGCAGAAGGGUCUCAGAAAAGUUUGCUGUCUAGCCCAGAAAGUCAUGAAUAUGGCACAGCUAAAGCUCACCCCAAAGAUGCUGAGCAGCUGGAAAUCAAAGAGAGGAAAGAGAGCGAUGGAAGCAAAAGCCCAGCUCAGCCCCCCAAAACAGGCAGCUCCUACUUAUCUCCCUAUCACCACUCUCCAUAUAAACAUGCGCACAUCCCUGCCCAUGCCCAGCACUACCAGAGCUACAUGCAGUUGAUACAGCAGAAGUCAGCGGUGGAGUAUGCUCAGAGCCAAAUGAGCUUAGUGAGCAUGUGCAAAGACUUGAACUCUUCCAACCAGAGCGAGCCCAGGAUGGAAUGGAAAGUCAAAGUCAGGAGCGACGGGACCCGUUACAUCACCAAGAGACCCGUGCGGGACAGGUUGCUGAGAGAGCGUGCCAUAAAGAUCAAGGAAGAGCGCAGUGGCAUGACGACGGACGACGAUGCCAUAAGCGAAAUGAAGAUGGGCCGUUACUGGAGCAAGGAGGAGCGGAAGCAGCAUGUCGUGAAAGCCAAGGAGCAGAGGAAAAGGCGCGAGUUUAUGAUGCAGAGCAGGUUAGAGUGUUUAAAGGAACAGCAGGGGGUCGAAGAGAAGAAGGAAAUGAAUAUCAUAGAACUGAGCCACAAAAAAAUGAUGAAGAAAAGGAAUAAAAAGAUAUUUGACAAUUGGAUGACAAUCCAAGAACUGCUGACCCAUGGCACAAAGUCACCCGACGGCACAAAAGUUUACAACUCCUUCCUGUCGGUGACUACUGUAUAAUCUUCCGGUGCCAAAGUUGUGUACAUAAAACACUACCGAUGGGGUAGAGAUUCCUGCCUCGUUAAAUGUGGCAACGCUCCCUCUCUUUUAUUGUAAAUAAAAGACACAUUCAUCGGCUUUAUACUUCAAAUACUGAACUCUGGGUGCAAAAGAGGAGAGAAAGAGUCAUCCACCCAAAAUCUCUUUUAAGGCAAUACAGAACAGACAGACCUUAUUCGGAAUACCAAUAGUACCUUUUUUGUAACGUGUUACGCUUUUACAUAAGAUGUUUUAAAUAACAGGAGAAGCAUAUUAAUCAUACUUACACAGGUAAUAUCUUUUUAAACUAUAUUCAUAUUUUAAAAAGGUUACACAUGCAGAAACUCAAAAGACAACUUCAAAUAUGUAUUUUUAACAAAGCAGUAUUUUGCAAUAUAUCUUUGCUAUUGUGCCCUUUUUCUGCACAAGUUUCUGUUUUAUCAAUAUUUUAGCUGAACUACCAAACUCUUGAUAGAAUCAUUUUGCAGUAAUGUACACAAUUUAUCAAACCGGUUGUGUCUUUGGGGUUGUGUACUCAUACUGCUUCGCUUUAUGGCACGGCAUGCACGCCCAAUUUGUGACCUACCAAGCCUGGUGCAGACCACUAGCCAGAUAUUGGGAGCUGUCCUGUGCUCAGUAAUGCACUCUGGGUGGGCUGUUCGGCGAGUCACAAGUUGUAAAGGUCUCUGUGUUGUGACUGCUGCGAAUGUCUGGGUAGCUGCAGCCCUCUUGCAGAGCAGUUGCCAGAGGUUGGUCACUGAGUGGUGGUAAACAGCCGAGGCAGCCGAUUACCAAAGUAGUUUGGGGACUGAGGACAACUAGGCACUACACUAAGCAUAUUAUGCACACAACCCCUUAAACGAGUCCUGGCUAAGAGCUACACACUUUUAUUUUUUUUCUUUGCGGUUUCUGAAGGAAGUAUGUAGGUAUCACUUGAAAGAACAGAAGCAAACUGCUGCUUGGUGCAGCCCUGAAACACUUUGAAGCAAGUUUGCCAAGGCUGUGGGCCUGUUGGAAGAAUGUGCAUGUGUGUCCAAUGUUUUUACAAGGCCGUUUUGUGUAAUUUGAAAUGCCCAUUGUAGUAGCUGUCUGCUUUGUAGAUUUGAAUGUAUUGAAACUGAAAGCAGUUUUCAUGAAAUCAUGACUAGUUAUAAACAUUAACAAGUAAAUGAAGUUAAAAAAAAUAAAUUAUUGUUUUAUA